AUGAUCAUAGAUGAAAAUAGGGAAUAUAAGAAAGAGGAAAAUCAAGAAGAGAAACAAACUGAUUCACCUAAACUUGAAAAAGAAACCCCAGAAGAAGCUACAGCAGAUGAAAAGGAAUCGAGUGAGAUGGGUGUUACUUCGAUGAACACGGAAGAAGAAGAAUAUAAUGAUGACGACCAGGAAAAUUAUCAGGAGUUGCUGGAACAGCUAGCAAUGGAAUCGGGCUGUAUACUAACCUGGAAUGGUGUAGAACCGCCGAAGUGGGGAAAACAAGAUGGAGGGGUUGAUUAUUAUGACGAUGUCGAAUGGGAUAAUGAGGACGUUGAAACCUGGUUAGAACCAGAAGAAGUAGAUGAUCGAGAGUGGGAAAAUGAGUAG